AUGGAAGCUGAGGAUGCCCCAAGGAAAUACGACGUGAUUGUGUUUGGUGUUACUGGCUUCACAGGUCAGUUUGUUGCUGAAGAGCUUCAAAGAUUAGCUACAAGCGGAGGUCUCAAGUGGGCAGUGGCUGGGAGAAAUAAGAGCAAAGUUCAAGCUGUUUUAAAUGAGUCUGGUAUAGAGGGCAUUGAUGUGCUGGUGGCAGAUGUGAGUGAUCAGGACUCGUUGGAGGCCAUGUGUGCCGAUGCCACAGUCAUCAUCGACUGUGUAGGACCUUAUCAGCUCUAUGGUGAGCCAGUGGUGAAGGCUUGCAUCAGCCAAAAAUGCAACUACGUAGACAUCACUGGGGAGACAUUUUAUAUGGAGACAAUUGAGUCCAAGUAUGACCAGCAAGCUCGUGAUGCUGGUGUGUACAUUGUCUGCUCCUGUGGCUUUGAUUCCAUUCCCAAUGACAUGGGUGCCCUGAUGGUGCAGAAGUCAUUUAAUGGAGAUCUGGCUUAUGUAGAUAGCUAUGUGACCCUACAUGGGAGUAAUCUCAAUUUCAACACCGGGACAUGGGAAUCUCUGGUACGAGGCUUAAAUAACCAUAGCAAUCUGAUGAAGCUUCGCAAGAGAGUCAAUUUACCUCCACUCGCCCUCCCAGCCUACCAACCCCCACCAAGGAAGUCACUCUUCUACAGUGAAUUUGUCAAACGUUGGUGUGGGCCAUUUCAGGGAUCUGACAGGGCUGUGGUUUACAGAAGCAUGAGGUAUCGUCAAGAGAAUGAGGGAGUCAGUUCAUUCAAGUUUCGACCCUACAUAAGUUUUACCUCAUUUUGGCAAGCCAUUGGGACAGUGAUACUCUUCAUUCCGGUUAUCAUCCUCACCAUGACUAACUGGGGCAUUAAAUUGCUAAUCAAGUAUCCAAAAUUCUUCAGUGCAGGGCUGGCCCAAACUCCAAAGAGAGAAGACCUUGAUGGCCUGAGCUUCUCUGUGACUCUUGAAGGUUACGGAUACUCUCCUGGUGCUGAAAAAACAGCUGCCCCUGACUCGAGGGUCACUGUGAAAGUUAGUGGAGGAGAUCCUGGUUAUGGAGCUACUUCUGUCAUUCUGGUACAGUCUGCUCUGUGCAUUGUGAAUGAGAAGGAAUCACUACCAGCAAGUGGUGGUGUCUACACUCCUGCUGCUGUGUUUGGAAACACCAACCUCAUCCAGAAUCUCAAUGAUACUGGGAAAGUCAAGUUUGAAUUAGUGGAGUGAACAUAACUGAAAUCCUCACUGUGAUUGUAGAAGUACAGUUUAAUUAAUUUGUGAUCAUGUAGUGUAUGAUAAAUAAUUAUUUGUUUG